UCUUUCUCUUUCUGAAGGUCAAAACCAGAGCUCUAAUGCCGGCCAAGAAGAAGAGAAUAAACCCAACAAAGCAAGCUUGUGUUCUUCUUUUUAUGAAUUAGUCCUUUUUCCUGACAUGAAGAUCCUACAAGGAAAAAGUGGAGACGAAGAUAAAGAGAAGCAAAGCAUUUUGUGAUCUCAAAAUCUGAAAUACUUGGCGAGAGUUAAUUGAGGCUUUCUUGUUUUCUCUUCUUGAAUGUUUUUCUGUUACUAGUUCGUGAUCUCAGAAGCUAUUGAAAGGACUUGAAGAGUUUUGUGAGGAACCGUUUGAAGAGUCCUUCUUUUAUAGAAGAGGAUCAGAUCUUUUAGUCAAAUGGAAAGUAAAUGGAGAAAAGCGAAGGGAGCUCUCGGUUUAUGCGUUUUUGUUCCGAGGACUUCGGAUGAUUCACCACGGUCUCUUGAAGCUGCUGGUAGGUUUUCUGAUGUAUCUUCGCCUUCUUCGGUGUCCAGGAAUUCAGAUUUUCGACCGUUAAUGCCGACUACGCCGAUACCGUCUUCGUCCGGUCUUCGGAGAUCGAAAUAUGGCAGCGGAUCCUUGAAGAGGACCUGUGCGAUAUGCCUAGCUACCAUGACACCAGGCCAUGGCCUUGCCAUCUUCACUGCAGAAUGUUCACAUUCAUUCCAUUUCCAAUGCAUUGCUUCUAAUGUGAAACAUGGUAGUCAAACUUGUCCUGUUUGUAGAGCGAAAUGGAAGGAGGUCCCCUUUCAAGUCCCUAGUUCAGAUCUCAAUGAGAAGGCAAGAAUCAACCCGUUAGAUUGGCCCCAGGAUGACGCCUGGAUGACUGUACUACGCAGACUCCCUCCACCUCGCCCAGAUUCCCAUCGGCAUAUUGCAUCAUCCCCCUUGCAGGCUCCUGAACCAAGUUUAUUCAAUGAUGAUGACCUUUUGGAUAUCCAACCUCAGUUGGCUGAGAGAAUCUCUUCUUCUAGUGAUGAUUUGGAUAAGAAUUCCAAUAGAACGAUGGAAUUGAAGACAUAUCCGGAAGUGUCAGCUGUUUCGAGGUUAACUUCCCUUGAUAGCUUCAAUGUUCUUAUCCAUCUCAAGGCUCCUGUUGCAAGUUCAGGUCAGAGCAUAGGCAGAGGUCAAGCUGACAUGCCUGCAACAUCUCUAACUUCUCGUGCUCCAGUUGACCUAGUCACUGUGCUUGACGUCAGUGGCAGCAUGGCAGGUACCAAGCUUGCAUUGCUGAAGCGAGCCAUGGGAUUUGUAAUACAGAACCUUGGCCCCUCUGAUAGGCUAUCAGUCAUUGCUUUCUCAUCUACAGCACGCCGCCUGUUCCCUCUACGUCUAAUGACGGAUGCUGGGAGACAGCAGGCACUCCAGGCUGUGAACUCCCUGAUUUCAAAUGGUGGAACGAAUAUUGCUGCGGGUCUGAGGAAAGCUGCCAAGGUAAUGGAAGACCGCAGGGAGAAGAGUCCUGUUGGCAGUAUCAUAUUGUUGUCUGAUGGGCAGGAUACCUAUACGGCCAGUGCUCCUAUAGGAUCCCAAUCACGCCCAGAUUACCAGUCUCUCCUCCCAUCCUCUGUCGGGAACGCAGGUUAUAAGAUUCCAGUCCAUGCAUUUGGAUUUGGUACAGACCAUGAUGCUGCUUCAAUGCACUCAAUCUCGGAGACUUCUGGUGGGACCUUCUCUUUCAUAGAGGCUGAGGGUGUGAUCCAGGAUGCAUUUGCCCAGUGUAUAGGGGGUCUCCUUAGUGUGGUGGUUCAAGAGUUGCUAGUAGAGAUGGAGUGUGUACAUCCAGCUCUUCAUCUUUGUUCAGUAAAAUCAGGAAGUUAUCCAAGUCAUGUGAUAAAUGAUGCACGGACAGGCUAUAUUGAUGUUGGAGAUUUGUAUGCGGAUGAAGAGAGGGAUUUUCUGUUGUCUGUCAAUGUUCCAGCAGUUGGCGAGUCCAGUGACAUGACUUCAUUAGUGAAGGUGCGAUGUGUUUACAAAGACCCUGUGACGAAAGAGAGACUGACUUUGGUAGGGGAUGAGGUUAGAAUUCAGAGGCCUCAAAUUGCUGGACAAAGUGUUGUGUCCAUAGAGGUGGACAGGCAGCAAAACAGACUCCAAGCUGCUGAUGCAAUGGCAGGGGCACGAGCUGCAGCUGAGCAUGGUGACCUCACUGGUGCUGUUUCUAUUCUUGAGGGCUGCCGAAGAGCAUUGGCAGAAACUGCAUCGGCACGAGCUGGGGACCGGCUCUGUGUAGCUCUGGAUGCAGAGCUCAGGGAAAUGCGGGAGAGAAUGGCAAGUCGGCGAGUGUAUGAAACAUCUGGACGAGCAUAUGUUCUUUCGGGUCUGAGCUCUCAUUCAUGGCAACGGGCAACUACACGUGGAGACUCCACAGAAAGCACAAGCCUUGUGCAGGCCUAUCAGACGCCAACCAUGGUUGACAUGGUCACCAAGUCUCACAGUAUGUUAUUCGGUAGGCCAACACCUGAGCCAUUAAUUCGACGAUCUCGUUCAAUUCAGGUACGGCCACAGCCUAGGUAAAAUUUUAGGCUUAUGGUUCAAUUAUACAUUCAAAUCAAAUUUAAAUGUUUCUGUUCU